CACAAACCAGAGAGCGACGACAAUGGAGGACACCAUCGUCCUGUACACAUUCCCGGAGAUCGGCCACCUCAUCUCCACCGUCGAGCUCAGCAAGCGCAUCCUCUGCCGCCCAGCCCACCGGUUCUCCAUCACCGUCCUCCUCACCGUCGGCUUGAUCGACUCCCCUACCAUCUCCUCCUACAUCGACUCCAUCUCUCGCUCCCACCCUUCCAUCUCCUUCCGCCGCCUCCCUCCAGUCUCCGUUGACCCAGCCAACCCGCCUCGGAGCCACGCGGCCGUGGCUUUCGAGUUCAUGCGCAAAAACUCCACCAACGUCCUUCAGUCCUUACGAGACAUCUCUGCUGCCGCCACCGUGAGAGCGUUUAUCAUCGACGUCUCCUGCUCCUCCGCGCUGCCCAUAGCGAGGGAGCUGAACAUUCCCACGUACUACUUCUACACCUCUGGUGCGUCGGCUCUUGCCGCGUUCCUUUAUUUCCCGAGAAUUUUUUAGCGCUCGACUAAGAGCUUCAAGGACCAGGAUGGGGUCGUCCUGGAGUUCCCAGGCCUUCCAUCCUUGAAGGCCACGGAGAUGCCCGAGCCGACACUCGAUCAGGACGACCCGGCCUACGGAGAGAUGUUCUACUUCUGUGACCAGCUAAGCAAGGCGGAUGGGAUUCUGGUGAACACAUUUGAAGAGCUCGAGCCAAAGGCAGUGGAGCUCAUCGCCAGCGGCGCGUGCGUGCCAGACGCACCGACUCCACCGGUGUACUGUAUCGGCCCCAUUGCAGACGAGUCCUCACGUGCCGGCGACAGCGCUGUCGGCGGCAGGCAGCAGGAUUGCCUGUGUUGGCUGGACAAGCAGCCGAGGAAGAGCGUGGUCUUUCUGUGCUUCGGAAGCCGGGGAAGGUUCUCGGCCGAGCAGACCAAGGAAGUGGCGGGCGGGCUGGAAAAGAGCGGUCAUCGGUUCCUGUGGGUGGUGAAGAACCCGCCCGGCCAUGACCAGGGUGGCGGCGACGGCGAUGUUGAUUUGGAGGCGCUCGUGCCGGAGGGUUUUCUGGAGAGAACAAAGGAGAGGGGGAUGGUGGUGAGUUCAUGGGCGCCGCAAGUAGCAGUGGUGAGGAAGGAGGCUGUGGGGGGGUUCGUGACGCACUGCGGGUGGAACUCAGUGCUGGAGGCGGUGGCGGCGGGGGUGGCGCUGGUGGCGUGGCCGCUGUACGCGGAGCAGCACAUGAACAGGAACUUCCUGGUGCAGGAGAUGGGGAUGGCGAUCGGCGUGGAGCAGCGGGACGGCGACGGGUUCGUGAGCGGGGACGAGGUGGAGAGAGCGGUGAGGGAGCUGAUGGAUUCGGAGCGCGGGCGAGAGCUGAGGGAGAAGAGCUGGGCGACGAGAGAGAAGGCCGCCGAGGCUCUGGGAGACUCCGGAUCUUCCACGGAGGCUCUGGCCAAGUUGGCCGAGAUAUGGAGCGGCCUCCCGAAGCCGAGAAAUCCUCAUGCGCAUCCGCAGGCCAGGAUGCGGCGAGCUCAAUAGAAGUGAGGGUGGAUUUACGCGUCAGCGGCGUGGGUUCGAGCUAAAUCUCUUUCUAUAUCGAUGUGUGAUUCAUCUUACAUUAUCAAUCCUCAUUUGUAUCGAAUAGGUUUUAAGUUGCGUGUGCCCGCUUUGGCCAUGUAUUGGCCAACCUAAGAAUAACAUGGUCAGAGCGGUUGAUGUUUCGUUUACGUUCCUGCUUUCGUUCAUGCGUCCUUGGAAGGGCAAUUUAAGGAGGCGUUUCAUUAA